GCAACGGUCAGGUUUCAUCGGAUAGGACGAUGGUGCCCCUCUUUGAGCACCAGAGAAAACCCGAUGUCCGGUUCCGUGGAUCUCUCUUUCUCCCACUAUCACAUUCCUAAUUGGAAUUGGCAUCUUUUUUUCUCUCCCUGAUGAGGUGAUGCGAGAAAUUUCAGAUGUACCAAUUUCUAGAAGCAUUUGUUGGGCGAAACCAUUUUCAAGGUGUGAUUGGCGGUGUCGCGACUUAUACAGAGAUGAGAACCAUGAAAAGCAAGAUCUCAAAUAAGAAAACAGACACCGAGGAAGAGGAAACGAACACUAACAUCAAAGGAAGACAACUCUCAAAUGGAUUUGUUGGUCUAUGAUGAGCAAGUAGAAGCAACUUGCUUACUCACCUAGGGUGGCUCCGCCUACUACUCCUACGUAUCCUUCUCACUCGUCAAACCAUAGCUCUAACUCAGUCAAAGUCAAACUCCACAAUUUCUAAGAACAUAAACCCAGUAGCCCAGAAGGAAGGUUAUGUUCAAAACUCAUUUCGUAUUCGAUAACCCAGCCGUACAAGAAAGAGGCUGCUAGUUGACAAUGGUGGCGGCGAUCCCUUGAUGAAGCCAUUUUCUUAGUUGCUCGCGGUGUCUGCCGUUUGGAAUGGGGAUGUUGAAUGCCAUGUUUGGUAUGGGCUGCUUCUCAGGACGUCGGCAUCCGGGACGCGAUAUGCAACGUCGUCAACGGUUCCUCCAUGACUUCUUCCCUUAGGCGUGGUCAGGUCCUACAACCCACUUGCCGACUCCUCUUGGCGUUAAGGUGAGUGCACACUGAUCCGCUCGGUUUUGGAGUUGUGGUUGUGUGACGGAGGUGACACACAUUGGCCGUGACACGGUCUAGGUGAAAAAGCUAGCUUCAAGUCUUAAGCUCAAGAUCAGUUCGGUUGGCGAUGGCCACGACGAGCUUACCAACCUUCAGCUCUUCGUUCGAUCGAGUUUAGCUUCACAGGACGUGUCAUCCCGUCACACGGUACCUAUAUAUACCCCGGCCCCACUAAUAUAAAGUGCAGCCGCACCAACCGCAAUCCCAAUUCGCAACGGCCCUAACAGACAUACGCACGGGCGCGCGGCCGGCAGCACGGCAAGUCGGCGACUCGUGCGCCCGCCGGACACCGGCCCGCCGCUACGUCUACGCCAGCGUGCCGACGCAGGCUUCCACUUUUCUCCCCUCCCCCCGCCCGCUCCUCCUCCUCCCAUGAGCGGGCGCCGCACCGCCCCCCGGCGGCCAGACGAGAUGACGGACUCCACCGACUCGCCGUCGGAGCGCGCGGGCGCCGGCUUGGGCCAACACGCCGGCGGCACGGAUGGCGACGGAGCAGGCGCGCUGUGCCAGUACCAGCACGGCGGCCCCGCCAGGGCGCCGCGGCUGGGGCUCGAGAUCCGGGAGCCCUUCCUGCGUCUGAUCACGUCCAUGCGAGCCGCGCUCGACCCCGCCGCCGACGACAGAGGCGCCGGCCCAGAGGGGGAGGAGCCGCCAGCGGUGAAGAAUCAGGGCCGGAGACGGCUGACGCGGGUGGGACUGCGAGCGCUCCAAAUCGGCGACAGCAAGAUCGAUCGAACGGACGAGUUCGACAUAGCGGCCAAGUUCCAGUACAAGAAGCCCAAGAAGAUGGUGCUCCAGCUGCACCGGGCCGACGCCUUGGUCAAGAUCGACAUCCUCUGGUCCAACAUCCUGGCCAUGUCGGCGCGCUUCGACGACGCGAGAUUCGACAAGCUGAGGAUCCAGGUUAAAUGCGCGUCCGAGCGGUACAGUGCUCCUCAACCUGCGGCAGCAAGCAGAAUGCAUCUCCGAUGGCAGCGCUGCGACGAUGUUAUACCAAGGACCUUUUUUCUCUGGUUUGACAAGGGGACGCUGGAGAGGGGCUACGGCAAAAUGAUGUACGCCGACCCUUCGCUGCUUCGACUGCCGUCGCCCCCUCCGGGACAAGGAGAGGAGGGGGAGGAAGAAGCCCCGUCCCCGCCAUUCCUCAUAGGCGCGACGCCGAGCACGAUGAUGAUGAUAGGCUCAGCAAACACAGGGGCCGAUUCCCCGAUGUAUCAUGAGUACUGGGGCACCCAGUUGCAGGACUCAGCACAUAUUCGUUCCUUGUACAGAUAGCCGUUAUUCAUUGACAUUCAUUUUCUUCAUUCGUUGUAUAGAUGUCGUACAUGGUACAUUCGAACAAUGGUCUUGUCACAUACAAUCUUUUGUACAAUGUUGAGAUUGACAUUUAUGUUGCGUCAUAUAAACGAA